AUGCCACCAAAAGCCGACUGGGAAAAGUACGAGAAAAGAGUGGAUGAAAAGGAUGAAAAGAUUGUUGCCUUGGAUGAUAGCGACAUCCAAAUCCUCAAGACUUAUGGCCAGGGACCAUAUGCCGGUCAGCUCAAGAAGAUAGAACAAGAUAUCAAGGACAUUCAGAAGCGGGUAAACGAGAAGCUCGGUGUCAAGGAGUCUGAUACCGGCCUUGCACCUCCAAACCUAUGGGACGUCGCCGCUGACCGUCAGCGAAUCGGGGAGGAAGGUCCACUACAAGUCGCUCGAUGCACCAAGAUUAUCCCUGUCGAUCCAGAGAAAAAGGCAGCUGCAGAAGCCGUCAAUCCUCUAGGUGGCAACCAAGGCCAGAAAGGCGCUGAUGAGCAAGACAAAUAUGUCAUCAAUAUCAAACAGAUUGCCAAAUUUGUCGUCGGACUCGCCGACCGAGUGUCUCCGACCGAUAUUGAGGAGGGCAUGCGAGUUGGUGUCGACCGGACAAAGUACCAGAUCAUGAUUCCAUUACCUCCAAAGAUUGACGCCUCUGUCACCAUGAUGCAAGUCGAGGAGAAGCCGGACGUGACCUACUCGGAUGUCGGUGGAUGCAAAGAACAGAUUGAAAAGCUGCGAGAAGUCGUCGAAACUCCGCUCCUAAAUCCUGAGAAGUUUAUCAACCUGGGUAUCGAUCCACCCAAGGGUGUACUCCUCUACGGCCCACCCGGAACUGGAAAGACACUCUGCGCACGUGCAGUCGCCAACCGAACAGAUGCGACGUUUAUUCGUGUCAUUGGCUCAGAACUCGUACAAAAGUAUGUCGGAGAGGGAGCGCGAAUGGUUCGCGAGUUGUUUGAAAUGGCUCGUCAGAAAAAGGCGUGCAUCAUCUUUUUCGACGAAGUCGACGCCAUUGGGGUGCACGUUUCGAUGACGGUGCUGGUGCUCGACGGUUUCGACCCUCGAGGUAACAUCAAAGUCUUGAUGGCCACAAACAGACCCGAUACGCUUGACCCAGCUCUUCUCCGUCCAGGGCGACUGGACAGGCGUGUCGAGUUUGGGCUACCCGACAACGAGGGGCGAGCACAUAUCCUUCGCAUCCACGCACGAAGCAUGAGUGUCGAGCGUGGUAUUCGAUUCGACCUGAUUGCACGUCUGUGUCCCAACACGACCGGUGCCGAACUACGAUCCGUUGCUACAGAGGCUGGUAUGUUUGCCAUUCGUGCUCGACGGAAAGUGGCCACCGAGCGCGAUUUUCUGGACGCAGUCGAAAAGGUGGUUCGUCAAGGCACCAAGUUUUCGAGCACUAUAUAA